ACCACAGUCUUCAAGAUGGCGCCAACUUUUCAAUUGCUUUUGCUGCUUGUGGUGCAGUGCCUGGUGGGCGCUUUGGCAGUGAAUCCUUUCGAUGUGGGUGCUCGAGCAGCGUCCAAUCCCUGCCAGGAUGUGCGUGUGGCUGGCUUCAUUUGUGUGGAUUGCGCCACAUUGGGCUACUGCCUGCACGAUGGCAACGGCCAGUGGGAGACACAAACGAUGAUGACGUGCCAGUCGGAUCACAGUUUCUACUGCACGGACGAGGGCACCUUUGGCUGCACCUGGCAGUCCAAGUGCCGUGUCCCGGUGCGUGGCAAGUUCUACUGCCAGCAGCCGGGCAUGUUCCCAGAUCCCUACGACUGCCGCAACUACCACGAGUGCAGCACCCAGAACGUGGACACCCCGCGGCAGUGCGGGAACGGAGCGGCCUACUCCACCCUCACCGACAGUUGCACCCUGCCCAAGGACAGUGACCAGUGCUCGGCUGCCCAGUAUACCUGCAGUCGUGCUGGGCAGACGGGCGCCUGGCCGGCGGACAGUCGCUUCUAUUACAUUUGCCAAAAGGAUACGGCUGCCGCCGCCUUCUUCCCCCUGCUGAUGCGUUGCUCCGAGGGAUAUGUCUUCAACGGUUACAGCUGUGUGACGCCAACCAAGAAGUUGGCAUCCUCGCGAAUGCUGGGUUCCAGAUCCUGCACUAAUUAUGCCAUCUCCACGUGCCCUGGCGCCACGGCCAGCGAUGAGUACUGCCUGUGCAUCGAUGGCGCACUUCAGACACAACAUUGUCCCGACGGCUCGUACUUUGAUGCCCAGCGAUUGGUUUGCCAUCAGGGCACCUUAGUAGAUCCAUCUGAAACUCCCUCCAACUCGGGCUCCACCCCAGGCGGCAGCUGUCAGCGCGUGGGAAUGGUUGGCGAUUUGGCCAACUGCUCGACAUUCUAUCACUGCGAUGCCGUGGGCGCAACAAUGAAGCAAUCCCAGUGCCCCGCUGGCACGAUUUUCAGUCUCACGAAGUUUGUCUGCGAGGCAGGAAGUUGUUGAACAAACAAACAGAUUUACUCUCCCAAAAUAACA